AUGCUCUCCUGCUGCCUGUUGCUGCCUGUUGCUGCCGCUCCGCCGUCUUUCGCCUUCAGUCGCUACCCGUCUUCAAUGCCUGCUGCCCUGUUGCUGUGUUCAGAUGAGUUAUUUUUGUUUAAUUUUCGUGAUUUUUGUGCUGCUGCGUUCGUUUUUUCAGGAACUACGACAACCUUCGUUGUGCAGUCACCGCUCAGCAAGAUGCGUCGUCUACAGCUGCUGAUCCUGGUGACUUUCGAGCUGUCAUUCAAGAUGUCGCAUCCAUCGUCAAAACAGCUCCAACGCAUUAUGCCAAAGAUGUUCGAUUUUUGGUUGACGCAAGGAUUUGCCACAACUUUGGGACGAUGUUUUAUUGGAGCGGCAAAUCCAGAGACAUGCUCCGCUUGCCAUGAUUUUUGGCUAAAUUUCCAGCAGGCUGGAAAUUUGCCAAUUUUGUGGUUCAUAUCGAGCCGUUUCUGGGUUUUGCUGCAAGCGCAUCCUGCGCUUAUCUAUGGAAUAAUAAAACAUUUUUUCUGAUGCGUUGUUUGAUUUUCCCUCUCAUCGACAAACUUUCCCAAAAUUCCGAGUAUAACCAUUAUUAUUUUGCAGAACUGCCGUUGCCAAGUUGUCACUUCAGCAGUUUGCUCCGACCAUCUCCAACAAUCUACGCAAGCUGGCUACGCCAAGCCGAUCCAUCAAUUGUCUUCGUAUUAUUUUCGAAAGGAAAUUCAUCAGGUCGGUUUUUUUCUUUUUUUAAGUUAUAAUUUCACUUCUAGUUUCGUGAGAGAUUCCCCAUCUUCCAGAUCUUCUUUCCACAACGUUGUUUGUUCAACUCCUGCAAUGCCGAGCAGAUUCACAUCCAUCGACGUCUUCAGAAACCGCCAAGCCGUAACACCUCCGAAAGCAAUUGCUCCGUGA